GAUGUCAUAUUUUCGUUUGCAUUGGUUGAUUAGAUCUAAUCUCGAUCUCGAUAGAUCAAGAAUUAAAACAUGAGAUACGGUAAAAUCUGCCCAGUUUUGCUGCUAUUUCUCGCCAUCGGAAAUUUUCAAUGUUCCACGACUCCAAAUUGUCCAUACAGGAGAGUAAAUGGAUGCACCACCGUGACAGCGGUCCAGCCUCACUGUAGACAGAACUAUGUGUUCCCACAGACAGAAUACAAGGCUACUGUUGCUAUCAGUACCUGUAUCCCGAGACAGUUACUCCACAUUUAUUGGAUUGUUCGUUCCAAUGGCAGAAUUUUUUCCCCCUUGAAGUGCAGGCAGAAGAUGACAUGUUCUAUUCAAAACCACGAGCUCCAAGAUAGUUCCUUUACGAUGGAGGCCCUGAUAUUCAUUUUGAACACAGAUGGAACAAGGAAGUUGCAGUCAAUAUUACUACCUAUCUUCUAUAUCAAAAUGUCACUCUCCACUCUGCUAGAUCUUGUCAAUCGUAAGCAGAUGAAAGUUGCUGAUGCAUUAAAGAUGAUUCAAUACUUGUCCUCUCCCAGGAAUGCCGAGUCAAGCAACGAUACAUUUAUUAAUAACAAACUUGCAUAUGAAAUUCAGACCUAUCUCCAAAAUCUUUCAAACACGAAUAAAACUCGGAAUGCAAUGAAGUCCAACGAAUGGAUAAACGUUGACACAACGAAAAACUCAAAAGGAAAAUCUAAUAUCUCGGUAUUUAUGAAUCCAGCAAACUCACCGGGGAAGGAAAUCCAAAGCAAUAUCAAAACUCUACUGAGAAGGGAAAAUUUGACAGAAACCCACUUGGUCAAACUUACACGGAUCAUCAGCCUCAUGACAAAAAGCAUUCUGUUUCAAGUUGGUUCAAAUCCCCAGUAUGACAGGAAUCUGAUUGACUCUCAAAUCCAAAAUAUGACCAAGAAAAUUUGGGAGUUUCUGAAGAAGAUGAACUCGACUAAGCAUAAAUCUCAACCGAAAAUGCAUAUUAAAGCUCACUGGUCGGAGUGGGGCUACUGGAGCCCCUGUUCCAAGGAGUGCAAAGGGAGGAAAUUUAGCACCCGUAGCAGAACAUGUUUUGUGAAUGAAGAUACUUAUAAAGCAUGUAUAGGCCAUAGUUCAGAGGUCAAGAGGUGUCCUUGCAUCCCUAAACCGUCUCCUCCCAAACCAACAGGACCAACUAUUAUUUACGGGGAGUGGACGUCAUGGGGCAAGUGGUCUCAGUGCUCAGUGACCUGUGACCUUGGGAAUGAGCAGAGCUACAGGAAAUGUAAAUCAACGAAGCGAGAGUUUAAGCACGGAAACACAAUAAUCAAAUGUAAGGGAAGUCACAGAAAGUCCCGCGCCUGCAUCAUGGCUGCAUGCGGAACAACGAAAGCAGAGUACAAGUUACUGCAGGGAAGCAGCACCAGCCUGGCAUGUAAAUCUAAGGAUAACUCUGUACAUAAGUCUGCAUUCUGGGUGAGUCCCCACGGCAAGAGAUACAGGCCCGGUAGGAAUCCUGGAAGAGUAUCCGUUACCAAAGAUGGUCAGCUUCACAUAAAGUACACACAUCUGGGUGAUAUGGGAACUUACUACUGUAUCAUUCCAAUAACCAAUGGAAACAUCAUAGGAAACGCUCGAAUUUUAGUACUGACUUGCCAGGAUGACCCAUGCAUGAAUGGUGGCACCUGUGUAGAACAGAAAUAUGAAAUAAUCACCAAGCCAAGUUCUUUUGUGUGCGAAUGUCCUGCAGGUUUCCAUGGGGACUUCUGUGAGAAAGAAAUAAAGCAGCUACGAGCCAUACUGAUUAUAAUACCUGUGAGUGGCGGGCUACUGAUGUUGACAUGUAUUAUCACAAUGGUUGCUGUACGUUUGAAGAAAACGAGACAAACCAACUUUGAUGGAAAAUUUGAAGAAUGGAAUAAAAAAGAUAGAAUAAAACCAUCAUCGAGCAGAGAACAGACACGAUGGAAAGAGAAAUCCAGUAAAGAGUCCAGGAAGAAGCAAAACAGAAGUGUUGUCAGUGGAGACGACUCAUUACAAGAGAUUGAAGAACAAGACCUGGAAGAUGUUCUGUCACCAACGAAAUCCAGAAAGACUAAUGUUUCUUAUAAAAGACAGUCAGCAAGAGGUCCAGUACAAACAAACGAAUUUGUAGCACCUAGCCCUGGAAAGUACAAAGCAUACCCAUCAAACCCAGAAGAACUUAGGAACUGGUACACCACUCCCCAAAGUAAUGCUGAAUUUUACAAUUCGCCGAUGGAUAUCAACGUUUACAGUAAUCCGCCCUCAGUUGGAGCUACAAGUACCGAACCUUUGUAUGGUAAUAUACCGCAGAAUUACGAUGAGACUGACAUUCAAAAGGAUCAUAGAUAUACACCUGCAAUGUCAGUGAGGAAGAAAAAUUAUGGUUAUGAACGUGUGGAUCCGCCAAAUACUGGAGCCAACCAGUUACAUUAUUCAGAUGUGGGAGAUUUUAAAUUGAUUCAUAAAUCAUUGACUCCUUCUAGAAAUACGGCUCACAGAUAUCCAAAGCAUGCUGAUAUGUCAGUUUCUGAUGACCAAAAUGCUCAUUGCAUACCCGAUGAGCUUGUAUUUCAAGAGAGAAAUAUGAAUAAUAUGAAUACAGAAUUGGAAAAGGAGUGUCAUCAUACUAACAUCUUUGAUAAACAGUCUAUGAGGCUCAAUUCUAGGAAUGUGCUUCAGAGUCCAGAUGAUAUUCUAGAAUCAAACACCCCUCAAACUGGGCUUACCUACCAACGCUUUAAACCACAAAUCAUGUACACUACACCAGAAGAAAGAUUUCAUUGCUUUCUAGAUUUCAGUCAACCAGGAAACGAAACUAGUGAACCCAGAGAUGAAAAAAAUAACCAAAUACUACAGAGCAGAACGGAUAGAACUGAACAAAGCCAAGCUUUGUCAACACAGUCCCUAAGAACAGGGUCAACGGAUGAUUUUUUCAAAGAGAAGAAAGGACAUACACCAGCUCCGUUACAAAUAACAAAUAAUGCGGAUGAAAUUUCGCGACAAGAUAAAGAUUUCCAUUACCUGCAGUCACCAGAAUGGAGGGAUACACAGAUGAGAGAUGGUGCACUUCAAAAUGAUGACUUUGAUGACGAAGUAGUGUUCAAAACUCACAGAUGUACUAAAAGUGUCAUUGAAGAUGACGACGACGAUGAUAUAGUUUACCAUAGGAAAUAUAUGAAAAGAAAGAAUAGACAAGAUCUAAUUGGUAAUGACAUCGAUAAAGCCAACCGUACACCAGAUUUCAAGCAAGCUCUAGAAAACAACUCGCAUUGUAAGAGAAAGAGUAGAGAAGAUCAUUUAACAAGUAGGGAUUUGAGGUUUCAGAUGGGGUUUAACGAAGCAUGGAAUCUUAGCCAGAACGAGGAGAAAGACAACGGUAAAAACCGGCUACAGCUAACACCUAAUAAAAUUUCUGGUGAAAAGAACACUGUUUUAGCAUGCGAUGAUACGUGUAAGUCGAACAUUAGCAAGACGUCAUUGACAAGUCUGGAUAAAUCAGUCGAAGAUGGCAGUAAUUCUAAGGAAAUAUAUAACACGCCAGAAAAUUCGGGAUAUUCUAUAGAGAGGGAUACCACACUAACAGACAAUCUAUUUCCAACAGAAGAAUCAUAUUCGCAGUUUAGCCAAACUUCUGAAUCGAUUGAACAGGUAUCAUAUACAUACCGUGAGCGUUUACACCAAUAUGAAAUGGGAUGUAAAAGUCCGGGAUAUGAUACUGAUGACGAAGAAUCGUCUCAAAAAGGAGAGUAAAGUCCGAAAUCAAACUUUGAUAUGAAGCAAUACAAUGUCCAUGUAUCGGUAAAAAAAAUCUGCAUCAUGAAAAUUUAGUUCAGUUAAGCUAUUAAAUAUAACAUAAUCGAAUUAUAAAAUCAUUUGGAUCUACGAACGUUCACCGAAUCUAGUCUUCAAGGAUGCAUUCUUGUUACAUAGCUUGUAUUACAAAUCGUCACAUUGCUUGUACUACAAAUCGUCACAUAGCUUGUAUUACAAAUCGUCACAUAGCUUGUAUUACAAAUCGUCACAUUGCUUGUAUUACAAAUCGUCACAUAACAUGUACUACAAAUCGUCACAUUGCUUGUACUACAAAUCGUCACAUUGCUUGUAUUAAAAUCGUCACAUUGCUUGUAUUAAAAUCGUCACAUUGC